AUGCUUAUGCAAAUUUUCAUCAAGACCAUCAUCUGCGUCACAGCAGCAACGGCCACCAGUCUCCCUAUUAAAUCCAGAGCAAUCACCAGCCCCUUCCGCCUUAGAGCCAACGUGAAAGGCUUCGACCUCACGCCCUCCCUCCAGGGCCAAGAGCUCUCUUACACCCCCAACGCCGACUGCAUUGCGGAUAUCACCUUUGCUCCAGCAGGUCAGGGAUCUUUGUUUUAUACGACGGGAGACACCGUCAAGGUGUUUCACUUUUCCGACGACUCUUCGCCAUCGGCCGGGCUGAUCGUUACACCUGGAGGAACCGCGACGGUGCCGAGCCUGAAUAUCGUACAGCUGCAGUGCCAAGCGGGUACCACUGGCGUCACGGUUACCACGGAGGGACUGCAGUAUCAAGGCGGCGCAUGGAUGGCGUGCUUUAGGGACGGCGCCAUUGUAUUGAGCUUCAAGCAGGCUGGUCAGAGAACGCUUCUCGGCUGUGCAGACGUCGAGGUCCUUCCUAUCUGA